UAUAAAUGCAUAAUGAUUUGUUUUCCAGUGUUUUUGUUAAAUAGUAUUCUUUUUUGGUCUGCCGUCUUUGUCAGUGAACAGAAUGGCGACUUUAAUGAAGUAUAGCAAGAUGGGUAGCAUCAGAAUGAUGCAUAUUCGAAAUCUAACUCUCUCUGCUAAAGUUUCUGCAAGAGCUGCUCCAGCGAUGAGCAAAUUUGAGCCUAAUAUGAAUAUAGCUUAUGAUAAGCUGGAAAACAAUAUCAAGAUUGUUCGAGAUCGUCUUCAGCGACCUUUAACCUUAAGUGAAAAAGUCUUAUAUGGGCAUUUAGACGACCCUCAUGGCCAGGACAUCAAACGAGGCGAAUCGUAUUUGAAAUUGAGACCGGAUCGAGUUGCUAUGCAGGAUGCUACAGCGCAAAUGGCAAUGCUCCAAUUUAUCAGCAGUGGGCUGCCCAAAGUUGCUGUGCCUUCCACUAUACAUUGUGACCAUUUGAUUCAGGCUCAGAUAGGCGGUGAUAAAGAUCUUGCUCGUGCAAAAGACAUAAACAAGGAAGUUUAUGACUUCUUACAAUCUUCUGGUGCCAAAUAUGGUGUAGGUUUCUGGAAACCAGGAUCUGGUAUCAUCCAUCAAAUUAUUUUGGAAAAUUAUGCCUUCCCUGGCGUUCUUCUUAUUGGUACAGAUAGCCAUACUCCAAAUGGUGGAGGACUUGGUGGACUUUGUAUUGGUGUUGGUGGUGCUGAUGCCGUUGACGUUAUGGCAAAUAUACCUUGGGAAUUGAAAUGUCCGAACGUAAUUGGUGUUGAGCUCACAGGCAAAUUAUCAGGAUGGACUUCACCUAAAGAUGUAAUUCUGAAAGUAGCUGAUAUUCUCACUGUUAAGGGCGGAACUGGUGCAAUUGUUGAAUAUCAUGGCCCUGGAGUAGACUCCAUAUCUUGUACUGGAAUGGGUACGAUAUGCAACAUGGGAGCUGAAAUUGGAGCAACAACAUCUGUUUUUCCUUUCAAUUCUAGAAUGAGGGAUUACCUUGUUGCAACAGAUAGACAUGAAAUUGCUGAAGCUGCUGAAGAAUACAAAGAUAUUUUAACGCCAGACAAAGGUGCCCAAUAUGACGAACUUAUCAAGAUUAACCUUGAUGAGUUAAAACCAGCAUUAAAUGGCCCUUUUACUCCUGAUCUUUACAACCCAGUGUCUGAAGUUGGUGAAAAUGCCGAAAAGAACGGAUGGCCUACUGAAGUUAAGGUCAGUCUUAUUGGCAGCUGUACAAACAGCAGUUACGAAGAUAUGGGAAGGUCAGCACAUAUUUGUAAACAAGCUCUUGACAAGGGUCUUACUACGAAAUCCCUUUUCACUAUCACCCCAGGUUCUGAGCAAAUCAGAGCCACUAUAGAGAGAGAUGGAUUUGCAGAAAUCUUUCGUCAAGUUGGUGGCGUCGUUCUUGCAAAUGCCUGUGGUCCUUGUAUUGGACAAUGGGAUAGAAAGGAUGUUGCUAUGGGCGAAAAAAACACUAUUGUUACAUCUUACAACCGUAACUUCACUGGAAGAAAUGAUGCCAACCCUGCUACUCACGCUUUCGUUACAUCUCCAGAAAUAGUAACUGCGUUGGCAUUUUCUGGAGACUUGCGUUACAAUCCUGAAACUGACACCUUGAAAGCCGCAGAUGGUUCAGAUUUCAUGUUGGAACCUCCAACUGGUGAUGAGCUUCCAUCGAAGGGUUUUGAUGCCGGCGAAGACACUUACCAAGCAUUUCCCGCCGAUGGUUCAGCUUUGAAGGUCAACGUUGAUCCUCAAUCUCAACGCCUACAGCUUCUAGAACCCUUUAAAGCAUGGGAAGGAACCGACUUGGAAGGAUUGCAGGUCUUGAUUAAAGCCAAAGGAAAAUGUACAACUGAUCAUAUCAGUAUGGCUGGACCAUGGUUGAAAUACAGAGGGCAUCUUGAUAACAUAUCAAAUAACCUACUGAUCGGUGCCAUCAAUAUUGAGAAUGAUGAAGCCAACAAAGUCAAAAAUCAAUUGACUGGAGAAUAUGGAGCAGUACCUGAUGUGGGACGACACUACAAAGCUAACGGUGUCGGAUGGGUUGUCAUUGGUGAUGAGAAUUACGGAGAAGGUAGCAGUCGUGAACAUGCUGCAUUGGAACCGCGCCAUCUUGGAGGACGUGCGAUUAUAGUAAAGAGCUUCGCGAGAAUCCAUGAAACCAAUCUUAAAAAACAAGGCAUGCUGCCACUAACGUUUUCGAAUCCAGCAGACUAUGACAAAAUACAGCCUGAUGACAAGAUUGCUAUACUUGGACUUACAGAUUUCGAACCGGGUAAACCUCUUACAUGCAAACUUACUCAUGCUGAUGGUUCUACUGAAAGCUUCUCCCUUAACCAUACGUUCAAUGAGGGACAAAUAGGUUGGUUCAAAGCCGGCAGUGCUCUGAACAAAAUGGCAUUGGAUUUGAAAGGCCGAUAAGUGUUCAUUCUCGUUUCUUAUAUUUGAUCAGUUUCAUCUUCUAUUUAUUUUGUUGGUUCCUUAAGUUCUUUGAUUAAUGAUAUUGUGUACUACAACUAAGUUCACCUCAUGAUGCACUGUAAAUGUGACAUUUCGGGUUUCCAUAAGUAUGACAAAUUAUAUUGAGCAAAAAAAGAUUGAGCAUAGUUUCAAACUCUUUUGAAAUGAAUAAUAAAUGCUUUCAUAGGGAGGAAA